UCCUGGCCGUGCAGCGUCGCGUCGGGGGCCGCACCGGGGAGCGUUUCUCUCUAGUGCCCGGGGCAGCUCUGGCUGGGAGAGCCUUUGGUCCGCUCCACGGGGACCUCUGUGCACGGAUGGACCCGCCCGAACACGGCGGGAAGCGGCCUGGCAGGCGGCGGCCCCGGCGACGUCAGCAGAAGCAGUGCAGGGCCAAGGCCGCGGGUCCCUGAGGCGAGCGGGCCCACCGGGCCCGGCGGCGGCACCAUGAUGCCGGGCGAGACCCACUCGGCGGCGCCUGGGGCGGCGGAUCUCUCGCGGUGUCAGGGCUGCGCUUCCCUGCAGCAGAAUUUAAAUGAAUAUGUUGAAGCAUUAAUCACCUUGAAGCAAAAAAUUAUUAAUACAGAUAAUUUGUUAACAGAAUACCAGAAGAAAUGUGAUGAGUUGCAGUUUGCCAGAAGGGAGAAUAGUACUCUGCAUCAUCAAGUGGAACAGAUGCUCCAAAAAAUUUCUCCUCUGCAGAAAUGUCAGGAAGAACUGGGAUCUUUAAAAGCUGAGCUAGAAGAGAAAAAGAGUUCUCUAAAGUUAUAUCAGGAAACUCAUCAGGAAUAUGCUCGUAUAAAAGAAGAAUGCUUGAAAACUGAUGCUCAGAAGAAGAAACUGGAAGCCAAGGUGAAGAAGCUGGAAGAGGCUGCUGUCAAGCAAACUCAGGACUUCAAGCAACUAAGGAAUGAAAAGAAAAUACUUGAAAAGGAAUUUAAGAAGACACAGGAAAGGCUUGAUGAAUUUUCUAAACAGAAAGCUGAAAAGGAGUUGAGAAACGUUGGAACACAAAUUUCAAGUGAUACUUCCGGAAGCAUAAAUAGAAGAAAAGUAAAACUACUUCUGAAGGAACUCUGGCUCUGUAUAAACACAGCAAACAGAGCACCUGGUGAAAGCAGCAGAUGUGUCCCAGGAAAACCUGUCCAAGAAAAGCCCAUAUCUGGAGAGUCCAGGGAAGAUGUUGUGCCCACCCGGGCAGCAGACAGUCCUCCCAGAACCUCUGCUGUGCAGACAUGUCAGGCAGAGCAGUCCAUGGAGAUAGAGGGUGACGUUUCUGAGUGUAAAAAUGUGGGAAAAGAGACACCCAGUGCAGCAGCCCACCAUAAUGAUGACCAGCAUCCCGAGGUUUUGCUACAGAGGAAUGAGGAGGACAGUGCUGACUUUUCUGAUCAUGAUCGCUCUUUUGAUGAAGAUCUUCAAGCUGCAGUUGACUUCUUCAAACUUCCCCCUCCUCUUUUGUCUCCAGUACCAUCACCCCCUCUGGGGUCUGCACACCGUGGCACCUUACCUUCUUCGCUUGCACCUGAAACCUACUUUGGAGAAUAUACAGAUUCCAGUGAUAGUGACUCAGCCCCACAUGGAAGUUCUGAGUACAUUUCAGAAGAUGAUACACCUGAGGCACAGGAUUGUUUUGGUUCAUCCAGAAAAAAUAAAGGAAGUGGUACAUGUGAGGAAAAACUCAAAUCACAUGAAGCCACCCAAGCUCCAAACACAUUGAAAGUAAAUGAAGUGACAGCUGUUGGGUUUGAGGCAUUUACAGCAUCACUGAGAGAACCUUCAACCACAUUCUCCUUAGCUCGUGAAAAACACUGGGCAGUGUCAUCUCAGUUCAUUAGAAGUAGAAAAAGAGACAUUUUAGGGGAGGCAAAAAGACCAGGAGAGGUUAGGGAAAUAGAUAUGUCGAUGCAAGCUGAGGGAACACUUUGUAAACCCACCGGAAUUGAGAGUGUUGAGAAGUUGUCUGGUGGCAUAGCACAAGGGAAGGAAGCAGCCCUUGGGAAGGCAGACAUGUGUUAUUCUCCCAUUGCCAAGAGACCAGUAAGUGAACUCAUGAGAUCUGAAGGAAAAACCCCAUUAUCCAGAAUGAUUGGAUCAUCCAAAUCAAACUUUAGUAAGUGGACACCAACUAACGAAACCACUUGUGAAGCAGAUUGUAUAUCAGUUUCUGAUCAUCUUCAGGGACUCUCUAGAGAAUUGGAAAAGGAAAGAGAAGACAUGCCAGGGUUUGCUUUAGGAGAAUCAUCUGAACCUGAAGAAGAUGCAGAUGAAUUAAUAGAUGCAGCAGAGCUUGAUGUUGAAGCCAAAUUUUCUUCCUCUUCUACCUCGGGAGCAUUAUCUGUCCACAGUAAUCCCCAGUUUUCCUCUGGGUUGAAGGGUGGUCAUGAUACUCAUGUUCCUUCUGAAGUAAUCCCUACUGAAGCACGUCAUUCAGAACAGAAGUUAGCUAGAACUUCAAACAUGUCAGGUCUGCAGUCUGAGCCAUCAGAAUGUUCUUCAGGAGCAAACGACCCAGAGGAUAACUUGCAUGCUCUGAACCCUGAAUUGGGAGCAUCUGAUUUUCAUGAUCAGAGUAGCAGUGGGGUAGAAUGUACAAAAGUUGUGAAAGAUAUGACCAAAGUGUGUGCCCUUCCUCAGUCAGUAUUCAUGAAAGCCGUGAAAGGUGGACAGUGUGAAAGCCAAGGUCCAGGAGCUGAGCUCACAAGUCAGUCAGAUUUCACAGCAUUGGUAGAGUCUCAGUCUGGCUUGAUCAAGAGUGGUUUUGUUAAAAGCACUUCUUGGCACCAUAGUAAUCUGUUAAGGAGAGGUGGUGAAGAAAUGCUGAUAGCUAAAUCAGAACAUCAACAAGAGACCAACAAUCAGUUACCAAAGGCAAUGCCAUCCGUAGAAAAUAGAGAGUCAACAUCAUUGUUGCCUAACCAAGUGUCAGUUAUAACCAAGCAAACCAGGCCUGAAAUGAUGCAGGGUGCUAAAUUGGAACCUUUGAGACUACAUAGGAAUGAGCCUGCCUCAGCAACAGAAAAUGUUGAUAAUGUGUCAUCUAUAGCAAGAUGUUCAGAAAAAGAGGAGACAACCCAGAAUAUCAAGGAGGUGGCCCAGAACAUCAAGGAGGUGGCUGCUACAAAAGAGACUUCACCAGAAGGUUCCACCUCUUGUAGAAAACUAGAUUUUGAUUCUUCAGGUGGUUCUUUACCAGUAGAAAAUUCUCAUUGUUCCAAAAAUAGUAAGUUAUCUUUCUUUUCUGAAAACAUCACAGUCUCAAACCAAAACAUGAUGGAACCCUCUGUGCAGGCAGAGCUGCAGGAGCAGUGUCCAUGUCAAAAUGCCACAGAUUUGGACUCAUCUGGGUUGGGUGCAGAUAAACUUCCUCCAGCCACAGAAAUGGCAGCGUCAGAUUUUCCUAUUAAAGAAAUAUCCUCUGGAGACCCAGUCACAUCUGGUGGUGAAGCCCUGGCCAUUUCAAAGGACUCUCCUAGUGUAGAGCAAAGCCUGGAGGAGCCUCUGGAGCAGCCAUCACCAACUCCUGGCUGUGCUCCUGAAGGUCUGGGCCCUAAAGAUACUACUGCCUUUUUACCAGCGAUUGGCAGAAAAGAUGAAGAAACAGAUGGUGUUCCCCAAAGUAGCCUUUCUGGUCCUCUGUACUGUUACACAGGCAUUCGGGAGGUUGCGGGUGGUGAUACUGAGGUGGAGGAGAGUGAGGCCCCUAGCUGCAGUGAGGGUGAAAAUGAGCCUGAAGCCGUGAUGGGUAAACAGCAACAGGAUGCUGCCGAGGCCUCCAGAGAUGUAGGAACUGCGGAUGCUGGUGCUGCCGAGACAAGGCCUUCCACAGAGGUGGGCUGUCUGACCUCAGCGCUACAGGACUUCAACAUCAGUACUCUCUCUGAGAUAGAUAGACUUUCUACGUCAGAAGUUGUUAUGUUUCUUGAAAGUUGUCAGUUGAAAGAUUAUAGUUCAGGGGACUCUGUUCCUGAAUAUUCUAGCAAAGAAACUCUAAAUGAAGAAAUGAACAAAGAAUUAAAGCAAAAUGAAAUAUCAGGAGAAAAGUACAGAAAGCAAGUCUGUGAAGAAGAAACACUCAAAACCUGUGAAGAGUGGAUUGAAUCAGAGGAAGAUGAUUGUCCUUUAAAGGACGCGAGUCAGCUCACUCAGUGUUCUUUGGAAACGUUGUCUGAGGUGCUCACCAAGAUUGGGCAGGAACUUCAGUCCAACUGUGAGGACUCAGAUGGAAAAGAUGCUAGUAAUUUACUGCUCUUCAGUAUACAUGACAGCCUGACAACCGAACCCGUAAAAGAACAGGUCUCACCUCAGCACCCUUCAGAUCCAUCCCCAUCAACAGGUGGUUUGGAUGCCAAGGGCAGUUCUCCCACUAAUGGGGAAUCUAUUGAAAACACUCAAGACAGACCUGAGGAUAACUCAGAUGUGACCAGACUGAUGGACAGUGGGGACGAAGUCCUGCCACAACCAGCAGAGCCCCCAACCCAGAGUUGUUAUUCAGGAGACGGGCAGACAGCUGAGCACAGUGCUGGUUGUGAGGAGGCAGAAAGGACAUUUCAGUGUCAGAUAUCUACAGUAACUUCCAAAGUUAUAAAUAAGGACCAAAAUCUCGUCAUUGAAAAGGGGGACAACUGGACCAUCAUAAGUGGGGUACCACUCAUGCCAAAUGUGGACCAGGUUAUCCUCUGUGACACCCCUGGAGACAUCCCUGCUUCCCCAGAUGAAGAAGAGCCAGGAGCUGGCUUCAUUUCUGUUAUUUCUGCGGAGAAGUCCCCUGAGACCAGCCACCCUGGCUCUCCAUUUCAGGAGCCCCCCUGUGAUAGUCAUCUUCCAUGCACCCAAGAGGAUAUUUCCAGCAGUGGUCAGAGUUCUAACUUUGAUAAAAGUCGUUUACGGAACAGACCUGUGAAACCUAGUGUAAGGAUUAGUUCUGAAAUUUAUGAUUUUGAGUCUCAGAUUGUUGCAUCGGAUCACACAUAUUAUAACUCAAAACUGGAGCCAAUUGACAAAAACAAGAAUCGAUCAAAGAUUUCAAACAAAGACCAGUCAACCAAACUAGUAAAGACUUCAGCACCAGGCAGAGUUGAAACUAAUCCAGGUGAAGUUUCUCAGUCAUCUUCAGGGGACAGAGGUAGCACAAAAACCCAGAGACCUCAAACUCAAACCAUUCUGGCCAAUGCUGACACCUCUACCCCUACAGAUUGUUCUGCUGACACUCUGAGUAAAAUACGGCAGGAGGUGGGGCCCCCUUUGCCACCCCUGCUUGCUCCUUUGAUUGCCACGCCUCCAAGGACAUCACACCCAGUUUCUCCUCUGGUAUCAAGUUCCAGUCCCUCCUCACCCACCUCUCCUGUUGUCCAGCUUUCUCCAUCAUGUGAGAUCCCAGUGCCACCCAUGAUGUCUCCUUUGCUGGAAGAUCCAGCACAUGCCUCCCCUUCAUGCACAUCUAUGUCUCCAUCUGCUGUACCUGCUGGGGAGAGGAUAUUAUCAUCUCCUUUGCAGUUUUGUGCUACCACCCCAAAGCAUGCUCUUCCUGUGCCUGGCAGACUGCCCCCCUGUGCGUCAACCCACACUGCUGUGACUGGUCCACAGGAAAAUUCUGUUAAAAUUCUUGACACCAUGUACCCAGAGUUAUCUGCCAGGGCCCGCACUCUCAACAUCCUCAAAGGGAAUAUUCAGCUCACGCGAGGGCCACCUGGUGACCGUCAGAAUUUACCAGGGCCGGUCAGUGCUAUAACAGGCUUCAAAGCAAUCACUUCCAUGUCAACCGCCUUUGUCAAAGCAGGGGGCAGCUCUGGUGGUGACUGUAACCAGGAUAAAUCAAGAGAUUUGGGGCCCCAACAAAAUUCAGGUGGGAAAAGGACAUUGUCAUCAUGUACACCGAGGAGUGCUAAAAGACUGCGCCUGGAUAGCGGGUCCCCGGAACCAGAAACCUCGAGCCCCGCUCCAGAAGGAGUUAAACACCCCCGCAGGAACCUCCCUCAAGUUGAAGUCACAGCGACAGAUGAGGAAUCAAGUUCUGUUCCAGCUGCCGGUAUGGUUUCACAGUUGCCUCUGAACCCCAAAGAAACUGUGGAGUCCCAUGAUAAAGCCAUAGCUGAUGCCCUGAAGAAGAUUGCAGAGUCCUCCUUUGACCUGUUGCCCGUCAUUCGGAGUCAUGUAUAUGUGGGGAAUAUCUCCAAAAAGCCUGUAAUGAGAGAUCAAGAGAAAGAAGUUGUUUAUGAUUUCAGCACAACAAAGAAGCAUUUAGCGGAGUGCUUGCUUCACUCUAUUCUCUCAGAACUAAAACUUCAGAAGAUAUCCCUGGAGCACAAUUACAUUCAUGCACUCUGUAGAGUGUAUGUGGGUAUUUGUCGGCAACUUGGAGACUUGGAAAGAGCUCGCUUGUUCUGCUACAGCCUACUUAAGGAAGAUUUUCCAGAGUCAGAAAAAUUGACUUUGUUCAUUGCAAAUAUGUGGCAUGAUAUAUUUAUCUCUCAAUCAGUGAUUAAUAAGGCAAUGCAGCUAGUUGCCAGGCAACGUGCUAAAGGAGAGGUUCUGAACUGUUUAAGAGCUUAUCUCAACUGGGAAAAGAAUGCUCCUGCAGAUGUUGGCUUCAUGGUUUCUAAGCUGCUUUUGACCAUACAGUUAUGUCCAAAAACAGAAUUUCAGUCCAGUGAAAAAUUUGGUGAAGACCUAAGUGAUAACACUUGGGAAUACAUAUUUGCCAUUGAUCUGCUCUGUUGCCAUCAGAAAUGGAUUUGGACACAUGAUAACAUUAUAAGUAAGGAGCUGUGGCCUGUAAUGGAUAAGUGGAUAAAAUACAGAAAAGGACAUGCUAACAUUGCAUAUAUUCCUGACAUUAUUAUAGCAUCGAUACUAAGGCUGAUCGGUCGUUUAGGCCAAUUGGGUUUGAAAGAAGGGUUUCCUUCUGCUGUGAAAAAUAUUAGUUCGGUCAUCGGUAUGUUCAUACAGCAUGCCCAGGAUGAAGAUAUACCAUGGGGUAUACAGCUAGCAGCUGUGUAUGCCCUUUGUGACUUGAGUCCCAGCAAUCCAGCAGAAAUAUCCAAGAUCCUGGAAGCCUGGCGCAAGGAGACCUCUCACAGUGUUCCGUCUGCAGUGGUCCGCUCCCUGGAGGAAGUCAGUGCAUUGUGUGCGCAGGAAUUCGGCUAAGCCCCGCUGCACUGCUCCUGGAGAAGUGCCUUCACCUAUCUUGAGUAUGAACAGGUUAAUCGGCUUUCAGAAUACAAACUGAGGUUUCACAAAAAAGAUGCAAGAGAGAAAAUGCGAAGAGGCUGUCCUCGCUGUGGCAAGGAGACAGAAGAAAUACACAGUGACAUAGCCGUGUUUCCCUAAACCACGUACUUAAAUCACUUACGUCUGUCGUGACUACAUGACAAAUGGAUUAUAUUAUUGUGUCUUGGUCAAACAACAAAAACUUGAACUUAGCCCUUUUUGCUGCAGAAAGUGCCCUUUUAGUCGCUUUUUAAAAUUGACUGGCAUUUUAUAAUGAAUUUAAUAUGAAAACAUUGAUUUGGUUCCUGAGUUAAUUCUGGCCUUUGCGUUCAAAUGAGUGACUAGGAGAAACUAAAUUGGCUAAAAAAGAACUAGAAAACUCUCCACUGUCUUAGAUGGAAACGGGCUACAGAAGUUUUUCUCGUUGGAUAGUGUGCAUCUGAUCCGAGGAAAACACGGGGAGCCUCCGAAACUCACCUUUAUGCGUUUUCUUCACAGGCAUUCUGAAACUAAAGUCCCUUCAGCUAUUUAACUAUUUGCCAGGAAAGGAGACUGAGAAGUCGAGUCCACUGCAGGGUCUGUGUCAAGACGUGUACAUACGGAUUCAGGCACCCAGAGCCAUUCGCCGUGUACAUAGGGACAGUGCGAUAAUGUGUGUCACAUUCGAUGAUGUUCCGCUUUCGGAAUUUUAGUAUUUGUACAGAGAAAAUGGGUUUAAUAACUCACCGUGGUUCUGAUUUGUCUUAUAUCCAUCAUUUCUUAAAUCUCUUGUAUGCGUUUUUUUAUAAUAAAAAUAAAAGUAAGCCAUGUACAUUAUUGUUCUGAUCAGUGAAGACGAUGGCCAUUCCGAAGGCGAUCCCGCUUCUGCAUAGACACGUGCUGCUGCACCAGCAUUUCGCUGUGAGUUCUCCACAACACUCAGUGCUAGCGGAGACCAGAUGCCUAAGUGUUGAUUGGCCUCCCGACUAGAUAUGUUUGUUUAAUUACAGUUGCUGCCCUUUACAAAUUACAUCUGAUAAGUGUUUUACUCCUUUGUGUUUUUUAAGUAAUAAUAACAGAAAACAGAUUUAUGAACAACUCUGUGUAGCCCUUUGGAAGCUGUUGUUUGGUGUGUUCACUUUUCUGCCAGUAUUUAUUGAGCAUGUGCUCUCUGCCGGUUCCUCGCUGGGAGGUCCUGGUGAACAGGCAGUGAGAAACAAGUUUUCAAAGACCUGUGAUCUGGUGGUAGAGAAAAACCCUAAGCAGUCACCCUAGUAAGUCAACAGUUGAAAAUUUUGGUGAGUUUGGUGAAAAAAAAACAUGGAGGUUUGUAAUAGAAUAGCAGGGUAGAAUCUGCUCUUCCUAGGUGCUGGUCAAGGAGGGUCCCUCUGAGGAGGUAACACUUGAGUCAGGACCUGAGAGAAGGGAGCCAGCCAGCCUUGAAAGUAGGGGACGAGUGUAUCUCCUGGACAGGUGAGUGUCGCUCUGCGAGGGAAAGAGCCUCUUGUGUGCAGAAAGGCUUAUUGAGCCAGACACUCUGUUUAAGGGACAAGUGUCAUUUGUCCGGUUAUACAGGUAACUGCCAGUCCCUGGGACCUGCGCAGCCCUGGGCUUGUGCAGAGAUGUCACCUGAGAUUACAGUUCACAGGCUGUUCUGUGGUAAAAGGGUGUGAGAAGGGCAAGAGGUGAAGCAGAGGGACCUUCAGGAGGUAGGGCAGAGAUUACCAUGGUAGAUGGAUUCCAGAUGUCUUCUAGGGGUCAAAUCAAUGCUAAGUUCCUGAACUGGGGUAAGGACAGGUAAGAAUCAAGAUUCCAGGUUACUGAGUUGGGCUCCUGGGGGUAGGAAUCACAAAUCCUGGAUGCUGGUUUGGGACAUGGGGCUCUUAAGACAUCCAAGUGGAAGGGGCAGGGGCCUUUACAGGCAGUAUGGAGUUCAGACAAGAUCAGGCAGAAGUUAGGAAGUUGAUAAGUGUGUGAAGGCUAUUUAAAGCCGUGUGUGUGUGUGUGUGUGUGUGUGUGUGUCGUGCACCAAGGGAGAAAACUUCCCAGAGGACAGAGGAGGCAACCCCAGAGGGCAGGAGGUGGUGAUGUAGUAGUACCUUGGUUGUUUCCUUGCCAGAUCUAAGAAUGCAGGCAUUGGCCAUUUGUGCUUGAAGCUGCAGGGUCAGGUGGUGGGAGCCAACCAGGUGAUGGUUGGGUUUUGCAUCCUGUGGGUGCUGUGACCUCAGCAUUUACCACUUAACAGUUGGCUUAGAGUGAUGCAAAGUAAAAGGGGAGGUCAGGAAGAGAAGAGCAGGUCUGCACACACAUUUUUUAUUUUUUUGAAAAUUUGCCUAGUGGAUGAAUUUGUUAAAAAUGUUCAAAACAUUUUUUUUUUAACCUCAGCAAUUUUAUGUGUUUUUAGUUGGUGGAGAAUAAGUAACACCUGACACUUUCUGCUGUUGCCUUUCUUCACCAACUAAGAGUUUGUCAGUAUCUGCUCUGUGUUGUGACCCGAUGAUAAAUAGGCCUGAACUUGCCUGUGGUGCUGUGUCACCCUCAGAGGGUGAAGCAGUUUAAGCUGUUAAUAAAUUUAAUUUCUGGUAUUCAGACAGAACGUUGUUGUAGGGUUUUAUUAUUUGAAAAAAAUUAAAAAGUGAAUAAACAUUUGAACCUGGAGUUGGGUGGGGCUUUAGGCUAGCAUAGGAGUCUGUGCACCAGAAAGCACACAGGUUCUGGGCACCACAGGCUGGCGUGCUGCCCUGCAGUGACUCUCGGGCCAGCGGAGCAGUAACAGCCCAGGAACCUGAGGAGCUGUUCCAGUGAGGCAGUGACUGAGGGAGAGCGAUAGCCAGUGGCCAGUGGUCUUUAUGGACAACUUCACGAAGCACGUUCCUAGGGAUGGCUCGACUUCAUUCCAAGCACAAAGUCGGCCUGUAGAUGAUACUUCAGGCUGUGAUUUCCCACCCUGAGACAACUUGGUCAAGUGGCUUACUUUGUUAAGAGAACAUGGAACAGGAUCUGUACUUGGGGAUAGAAAGAGCUGCACUGUGGCCGUUAGAGGGCACUGCAGACUCUCCCGUGAACUAGGCUGGCCAGAACACUGGAUGCUUUCCUGGGACAAGCUUAGGUGCAGUUUACACAGAGCCUUGCUGUCAGGGAGACAUUUCAAUUCACACUGGGUGUUAAAUGAAGUUAGUGCUACCACCUGGGGCCAUUAUCUCCAGAAGUAAAUGAGAGAAACUACAAAGGAUAAUGUCAUUUGAGAGACAACCUCCCCCCC